UUCAUUUAGAUGACCAUUUGAUGCAACUGCAAGAAAAUUUCCUUAUGCAAGUCAUAAAAAGGCUUGAGGGUUAAACUUUUAAAUAAGAAGACCCUUUUAGUUCCCUCAAUAGCCUAUCAACAUGUUGCUCUUUCUUACGGGUUUCGUGUGUAUUUUGGGGGUUACCCUUCAAACUACAGACGCUGCUAGUUGCCAUUUGAGAGAAGUAGAUCUUUGUUUAGCUACUGUUUUACUAUCAGCUACAGAAGGAGUACCUGGAAAUGAUGAUGAUCUUGACAGAAUUUGCGAGCCAGUUCAGGAGGGUAUGGAAUGUAUGGGUAAUUAUUCCGCCUCUUGUUUUACACCAUUACUCCAAGAAGUCUACGACAUGCUAAUGGCAGAACCCAAGAAAUAUCAAAAUUCAAUUUGCUCAAGAGGAACUGAUGAGCGAGCACUAUAUCUAAAACAUGCACCUUGCUUCCAAAAGGCUCUUUCAACCGAUAAUGUAAAACCACAUUUAGAAGAUUUAAUGGCUGCUCUUGAAGCUGCUGCAGAAGCGAAAUUCCAACAAAGAGUCCCCACUAUGUGUUGUGGUCUACAACGAUUGUACAAUAACAUGCUUGGUAUAGUGAAAUCAAACUGUGGAGAUGAAGUUCUGAAAGAAGGCGACAAGCUGAUUGGCAUGUCAGUUUCUAGCUUGUCAGAUAUAUUCUGCAGAGGUUAUGAACCCGAUUCUCCAAAAUGCAAUGGUAUCCUUCCACCCUCAGGCACACCUUCAAAAGGCGGAGAGUCUAAAGUUCAGAUCAUCCAGUUUAUGAAUACAGCCAUAGCCAACUGGCAAUAAAAACCUUUUUUAUAAAAGAGAAACUGUGAUUUUUUUUCCAAUCUUGAACAAAUAAAAAAUUGUUUUGUUUUUUCUAUAUGAUUGCGUUAUUCUAAUUUAAUUUACAUAGCACCUGGUACACAUUCAAAAGACGGAGAGUCUGAAACUCAGAUCAUCUAGUUUGAAAAUAUCGCCAACAUAGCCAACUGGCAAUAAAAACCAUUUUUUUAAAAAAAAGAGAAACUGUGGUUUUUUGAUCAAACAAGAAUUUGUUAAUGAAUAAAAAGAUUCUUGAACAAAUAAAACGUUUUUUU